AGUUUCUUUUCUCUGACAAACCCCCUCCCUUUUUUUUAAGAGAACAUGAGCAGUACUGGCACUCAUCUUGGAAACACGCCUCUCAAUCUGGCUAAGCUUCGAGAACUUUCAAGAAAAGAACUACCAGAGAUCCUUGACAAAGUUCGAGGUAAAAAAGGACUUGUUCUCGACCCUACUAUCACUGGUCCUCUAAGUCUGAUUGCUGAAUUCACAUUAUUGAAGGAUCAUGGUGUAGAAAAGAUUUAUCAUCUUGAAUCCAACGUACUUGAAACAGAAUGUCCUGGUUUAAUCUAUAUUUGUCGACCCAAAUUGAAAUACAUGCGUUAUAUCGCUAACCACAUUAAGCAUUUCUCCAAAACAUCUAAAGUAGAAUGUUGGUUAUUUUUUGUGCCUCAACGUACAAUGGUAUGUGAGCGUGUAUUAGAAGAGGAAGGCGUAAAGGGCGAUAUUACUAUUGGCGAUUAUGCAAUGGAUUGGAUACCUUAUGAAGACGAUUUGAUCUCAAUGGAAUUAGAUACGUCUACAUGGAAAGAGAUCUAUCUGGACGGAGAUCAAACAUCUAUCUAUUAUGCAGCAAAAGCACUUAUGCGUCUUCAAUCCAUCUAUGGUCUAUUCCCUCGUAUCAUGGGUAAAGGAGAUGCAGCCAAACAAUUAGCAGAUAUGUUGUUACGUAUGAGGAAAGAGCAAGCAGUGAUAGAUAACACAGUAACAAAGACACCUUCCUUAUUAAACACAAUCUCGAACCACAUUGAUCAAUUCAUUAUUAUUGACAGAAAUGUAGAUCUUGUCACACCUCUAUGUACUGAGUUGACAUAUGAAGGUCUGAUUGAUGAGACUAUGGGCAUCAAGCACUGUUUUGUUGAACUAGAUGCUGCUCUUGUAAAUCCUGCUCAGACACCCAAGUCACCACAGCCAUCUACUGCACCACCUACACCUACACAACCCAUCAAGAAGAAGAAAUAUGUCUUGAACUCAUCUGACAAGUUAUUCAGUCAAUUAAGAGAUCAAAACUUUGCUGUUGUAGGCGGAAUGUUGAACAAGAUUGCUAAACGAAUCAACGAGAAUUAUGAAGAACGCCAUAAUGCCAAAACAGUGGCUCAAAUUCGUGAUUUUGUAGGCCGAUUAAAUGAACUUCAACAAGAACAUCAGUCUCUCAAGAUUCACACGGGUAUUGCUGAGGAAAUCAUCGGCUAUACAGUCACAGACGAAUUUAACAAAGUCCUUGAAGUCCAACAAAACGUUGUUGCGGGCAUUGAUGGCAACCGAGAACCAGACUAUAUUGAGGAAAUGAUCAAUAAGCAGAAGCCAUUAGUCCAAGUUCUUAGAUUGCUUUGUUUGAUGUCAUUAGCUCAAGGUGGACUUAAGCAAAAAGUGUUUGAUCAUUUCCAAAGGGAAAUUGUUCAGGCUUAUGGUUAUGAGCAUAUUGAGACGUUACACAAACUGGAAAAACUCAGGCUUUGGACCAAAAGAACAAAUUCAGCCGCUUCCCGCAGCACGUUUGCACAAUGCAGGCGACUACUUAAGUUGAUUGUGGAUGAUGUCGAUGAGCUCCAUCCAAAUGACAUAUCUUAUGUUUAUUCGGGAUAUGCACCCCUCAGCAUUCGACUCGUCCAAGCUGCUAUGCAAAAGCUAGGUCAGGCCACAAUUCAGUCGGCAGGUACCAGCGCUGCUAGUUUGUUUUCCUAUGUAGGCAAUAGCACAGCUAAUUUUAUUCGCGAAGAAAAAACGCAAGGUGGAUGGCGGGGUUCAGAAGAUAUUUUAAAAUUAUUACCAGGACAAUCGUUUGAUAUUAAACAGACAGUGGAAUAUGGAGCUGAAACUAACGUGGCUAUGGCAAAAGCCAAACGCCAUGGACUUCAGCAUGGUAAGACAACUAUCAUUUUUUUCUUGGGUGGCUGCACACAUACUGAGGUAUCAGCUGUUCGUUUUUUGGCACAACAUGACGAAGGUCGAGAUUAUCUUGUCGCUACCACUCAAAUGUUGAAUGGCAACUCAUUUUUAUCACCUAUUCUUCAGAAUAAUUAAACGCACGAGCCCUUUUUGAUUGGCUAUCGGUACUAGAACUGCCGAAUAAAAUUUUGAUGAUUCUGUAUUUUUUUAUUUCUUUUCUUUUUUC